AUGGCUGACGCUGCGAAGAACGCUCUCUCCUCAAUCUUCGACAAGACCAAGGAUGUGUUGUCGACGGCUGCCGACGCCACAAAGGGAUACGCCUCACAGGCACAACAGGCUAUUGGAAAAAUCAUUCCAGGAGCGAAUCAUGAGUCGGACCCGAAUGCUGCCGUUGCCGCCGCUCAAGCCGCUUCAGGACAACCAGCCGACGCCAGCACAGGUGUCCCACCAGCUCAAUAG